AGGCAAGCCCAAUGUCUGCACAGGGCGGUGAGCCUCACUGGCCGCAGCUUUGCAGCAGCGCAAUCAAGACCAAGCAUCUCGUGGAUCAAGCUGACAGCUUCUCCAUGCGAACAAACAACCACACGCCAUAUAUCAGUGAAAUGCCUCUUAAUUGAGACAUAAAUCUUGGCUUUAUUUCUGCGUAUCUCCACUUGAAUCCCUCAGAAUUCUCCACACUGGAAACAUGGCAAGCUCGGCCGCAAGCGGGUUGAAGUACCUAUCCAAUGCGCUAGCAACACCAGAACAGCUAUCGAGCUCAUCGUCAUCUAUAGAUGGCGUGUCCCCCGAUCUAGAGGCGUCUGUUCGAUUUGCCGGCGCUCAGCUCACACAAACAGCCGGGAUUCUACUACGAUUAUCGCAAGACAUCAUCGCGCGGGCGAUUGUGACAUUUACCCGGUUCUGGAUAGGCUCGGAAGGAGGCAGUCUGCGAAUAUACUCGGUGAAGGAUGUCUCCGCUGCAGCGCUUUACAUGACCGCCAAGCUAUCCUUCCAACCCACUUCUCCCCGCUCGGUGUUGAACGUCUACACUUUCCUCCUGUCGAAGGAGGCGUCACCGUUAUGGUUCGUGAACCCCCAAGGGUCGCCCGACAAGCCUAUUUCGGAGGCCUACCACCUCACGGAAGGGGGUUACCAAGCGCAGCGUCUGGUCCUGCUGCGCAUCGAGUCGAUUAUCCUGCGCACACUGGGAUUCAAUACCCAUGUGGCUCUUCCUCACACCAUCGCCUUAACCUACCUCCAGACCCUUGGUGUUCCGUCCUCCGCCGUCGCACGGAGAGUGUUUGAGCACCUCAACUCAGCUUUGUUAUCGCCGCAGUUAUUAUACCUCACGCAUCAGCCAAACGCACUUGCCGUUGCGUCAAUCUACCUCGCUUCACGAGAAGAGGGUGUCAAGCUCGUCGAUGGCGAAUGGUGGGAGGUUUUCGACGUUGACAGAGAGGACCUCGGAUUCUUGGUGGUAGGCAUGAGAAGCAUGGAGGGAUUCGCACGGGCGGAAGUGGAAAAAUGGAAGGGCCGUUGUGUGCCCAUGACGGUGGAUGAGCUGGAGGGUGAGAUCGAACGGAGGGAGAUGAUGGAAGAGGGCGAGUGAGAGUUGCGACAACAAUGCGUUUCAAUACUAUUCUGCGGCACAGCCCGCCUAA